UCUAGCGAAUCUUAUAUCUUCCGUGUUAUGUAGAUACCCCUUUUUCUAUAAGUUUAAUGCAACAUAUACAGUUUCUACUUGCAAGGGAUGGCAUAGUUCCUUCUGUCUUUCAUCAUGCGGAAAUAUGAAUUUCUUUCGUGCAUGUUUCCUCCUUUAUGACCAUCUUAUCGGCGUUUAUGAACAUUUAAAGGAAAUAUUUAGCAUUGCGUCGUAAAUCUAAAAAAAAAACAAAAGCAGAAAAAUUUGAUGAAAUGAAAAUGUGGUUUGUUGUGAUACUGUCGUUUCUGUCAUGCUCUUGUAGUGGAAUUUUGGCGGGUCAAAGUACACAAAGCUUUGUGGAUGGUGAAUGUCAGGAGAGCGACAUUACAGACAUGAAUCUGGAAGUUAGUGUAAUGAAGGAAAAUUACCAUACUCUACUACAGAGAGUUAUUGAUAAUGAGCAAGAAAUUGCCGGCCUAAAAGGUCAAAAACAACAGUUGGAACAUGAACUUGAAAACUCUAGGAGGUCAUUUUCUUGUGAAAUCGAAAGUUUGCGAGAUAUCACUAUACAGAACGAACAUGAACUGAACGAAACCAUUCACUAUUGGACUACAUUUAAUGAAACAGUACAAGACCUAAGUCACAGUGUCAGUACGCUAAAUAACAAAUUAUUGCUUCUAGACCCAGAAGAGGAUAAAACAGAUUGCCAUAGUGGAUGGUUAAGAAGUGACGACUAUGGUGCAUGCUAUUUCUUUAGUGACGAAACAAUGUCAUGGAACGAUGCACAGGAGCAAUGCAGAAAACAGAACGGAUCUCUUGCAGACAUCCUUUCCGAAAAUGAAGCUGUGUGGCUUGUUGAAUCUAUUCGUAAUCAUAACGGAACUGAAUUCUGGAUAGGUGGAAAAAGGCAAGGUGAUGUGUACAAAUGGGUUACUUCCGAUGGCAAAACAAAAGAUAUGAACUACACACGAUGGGCACCAGGAGAACCAAACGGAUCUGUUUCUUAUUGUGUCGAAAUCGAUAAACGUUUCCAGUAUAAAUGGAAUGAUUCUGCUUGUGUUUGGUCUCAACAUUAUAUCUGCAAGCUAUAUAUGACAUAACCGAUGAUAAUGUGGUUGUAAACCUAUCAAAAUGUUUAAAUGAUGAUGAAUUGGUGGACAGUUUUUAUACGACAGUUUAUAAUACAGUUUGGCAACAUUUAAGUGAAAUCAAAUUGUAAUUAGUUAAUACUCUGACACCAAUUCAAUUGUUAUAUAAAAUAAAAUAUGAAUUUUAAAUAUAUUUGAGAUAUUUUUAAAAAUUUGGUAUUUGAGUUGAAAAAAUAAAUUGAUGAAAGCAUCGAAUAGUAAAACUUUUUUGUUUUUGAAAAACAAUAUGAAAGUAGACAAUAUUAAUGUUAUUCCGAAUUAAUUUUUUAAAUAAUUUUUUAAUAUUGAUUUUAUAGCAAAGGUAAUUCAAAGUAAGCAAUCAUAGUAUUUUUAAGUCCUACAUUGCUUUAAUCGUUGUAAUUAUUUCUCUGUUUUAUUGUUGUUGUAACUUGGGUGUUCAACAUGUUCAAUUAUAUACAAAUUAUGUUUCGUUCGUUGUAAUUAUUUCUGUCAUAUUUGUUUUUGUUUGCAACGGUUAUUUUAUUAUAAAUCAAGGCCGUUGGUUUUCUCGUUUCAAUUGUGUUACAUUUUGUCAUGUCAUGGCCUUUUAUAGCAUUCUAUGUAUACGGUUGAUUUUUGCUAAUUGAUGAAAGCCGUACCUAGUUGCCUACUUCCAUCUUAUUUGGUCUAUGGUGGAUAAAUGUAUUAUUAGAAAUUGUACCACAUCUCCUUAUGUUUACAAAUUUAAGUUUAUUCCCUAUAUUAGAACAAUCUUUAAUUGUCAAUAACAGAACUUUCAUUGAUAAAUAAAAUGUAAACCAAAAACACAUUAUUUUGAAUAAAAUGAGAUAAAAAUGAAUAA